GGUGCCUUCAGAAACCGCGUGGGACGUCCUUGACCAAUCCCAGUGUAACACUUGCUGAAACGCAUUGUUCCUGAUCUAGAAAUGCAUGUCAUUUUCACGGUAACCGUGUUCGUCAAGAGUAGAUUACUACCCUUGACAUGGCGUUGCGUGCGAUGGGCAUAGCUUAGAGCAAGUUAAUAAUUCAGCCAACUGUUGGCUGUAAGAAUUCUUAUAGUCCACCUCUCAGCCCACUAGUAUAAUAGUUUAGUCCUUUAUUAUUAAUAUAAGGCUCACAUGUCACUCUCACAAAGUUUCUGAGUUUUUAUGCCCAAGCUGGCUGCAAGCUCCUCUCUCUCCUAUUCUCUCUCCUCCACCUCAGCAUUUAGCUUUCUUGCAGCCACUUAUAAUACUUACUCUUAGCCUUGACAGGCCGGCCGGUCAGAUCUGCUUGUAGCCACCGUCAGUACCUGAGCUGAGCCCCCUCACCAAAGUCAACCAACUCGCAAUCAACAACUACUACAAUGCAAGGAGCACACUAGCUCAGAGACAGCUUAGCAUGGAGUGAUCGAGCAGAGUCUAAAGUCUAAACCAUACUCUGCCCGGUUCACUUAAAUCUCAUUGACAAGAGACAAAUCUGGCCGGGUUGAGGUGUGUGGUGUGUACACGCUCGCAGGUCAGCGCAAUAAGAUCUACACGUACGAGUUAAUAAACGAUCGAGAUCUAGCCAGCCCGGCCGGCCAGCCUAUGGGGCGCUCGGUCGAUUUUCAUUCGUCCAUGCUUUGACAUGGAGCAAAUCCGUAGAGCUACAAGUCCCCGUUUUUUUGCAUGUGCUCGGCGCGUGACGACGGCCGGCAUUUUCCAAGUCGAUCGAAUGAUCAGCUCCUGUGUUGGAUUCCCGAACUAGGUUUUCCGUCCGCUCGGGCAGCCAGCCUGACAUUCAAUUCCUCACUGGUAGCCUUGCCGUUGCCGCGCCCUAGCUCCUCCGCAAAUUCCUCUUGGCACACCGUACCGGUCCUCAAUUCCUCGCCACCUUCGUCGUCCCCGAUCUCCAUCCAUCCGUUGACUCCCUCCCUAUAAAUAAACAGGCCUCUGACCUCUCCACAGUGGGAGCUAGCUAGCUAGCUAGUAGAGGUCCGGAAGCUAGCUAGCCGCGCGCCACCAGCAGCUAGUUCCCCAGCUCGUAACCUAGCUAGCUAGCCAUGGCUUUGCCUUGUAGCCUCUCGAGGCACUGCAGCUUAUUACUGCUCGUCGCCGGCGUGGCGGUGCUGCUAGUAGGCAGCAGCACGCGCCCGUGCGCGGCGACGCUGGACGACGACAUCGAGCUCAUCUGGGGCGCCAGCCACACCUACUUCUUCAUGGACGGCCCCGACACCGAGUCCCUGGCGCUCUCCCUGGACGAGCAGCAGGGCUCGUGCUUCCGCUCCAAGAACACGUACCUCUACGGCACCAUCAGCAUGGACAUCAAGCUCGUCGAGGGCAACUCCGCCGGCGUCGUCGCCACCAUCUACACGAUCUCCGAAGGCCCCUGGUCGUACCACGACGAGAUCGACCUGGAGUUCCUCGGCAACGUCUCCGGCCAGCCCAUCACGCUCCACACCAACAUCUUCGCCAACGGCGUCGGCGGCCGGGAGCAGCAGUACUACCUCUGGUUCGACCCCACCGCCGACUACCACACCUACUCCAUCGAGUGGAACCCCAAGUACAUCGUGAUCCGGGUUGACGGGAAGGCGAUCCGGGCGUUCAAGAAUUACGAGGACCAGGGGGUGCCGUACCCGACGUGGCAGCAGCAGCGCGUGUACGGCAGCCUGUGGGACGCCGACGAGUGGGCGACGCAGGGCGGCGCCGUCAAGACCGACUGGUCCAACGCGCCCUUCGUCGCCUACUACCGCAACUACAACACCACCUGGUGCCGGCCGUCGCCGGGCGUCUCGUGGUGCGGCGCCGAGCCCAAGGACUCGGCGCGCUUCGACCUCGACCAGCAGACGCUCGCCGACCUGCAGUGGGUCAACGCCAACUACCGGAUCUACGACUACUGCACCGACCACAAGAGGUUCAACGAGUCCGACUUCCCCAAGGAGUGCUACCUGCAGCGAGCUGGGGUCUGAUUGCUUGCAUUGCUUGCAUCCGUAGACGAUGAUGCCCAAUACUGAUGCGGCGACGAUCGACGAUUGUUGUUGGGCUCUCGAUUGAUCCGCUGAUUGUUUCUGUACAUCUGAAGACAAGACACACAGGUACAAUUUUGAUUCUUUAUUAUUAGAUUGGUGAUUUGCUUGGUCUCCCUAGCUCCGGCUGCUGCUUCACUCCUUCUCGGGUCAUCAGAUGUAUCAACAUUUCUCUGACAGAGCUGUUGCUUUGUUCUAGCAUUAUUGAUUCGUCAUGUAAAACCAUGAUAUAAAUGCAUGGUUCCACAUUUUUGUUCCGAGAAACCAAACUAC